AUGAGCGCCGUGUUCAAAACUUUCAAUGAGAUGCUGGGACAAGAGCAGAUACCAACAUUAGCCUACAGACCCCAAGCGAACGGCCAGACGGAGCGGAUUAUCCAGCCCCUAACGGUUGGCAUUUGCAGUGAACACAACCAUCUCCAACACACGACACGAGACCCCUUUCGAUCUCAUGCACGGGUGGGACCCACAAACUACACAGUCAGCUGGCUUACCAACCACUCGUACGAAGUGUGGCUUCUCAUCGACCAGGUGGACGCUGGAGCGAAGAAAAAGUUAGCGCAUUUGUGGCAACACGAGUCACGUCCAACUGAGCUCGUUGAAGGUAUAGCGCCCAUCGCGUUCGACGUCGAAAUGAUCCUCGACGAUGGAGACUAUGACGAUGCAGAGGACGAGCCCCCAGACAACUCAGGCAACCCAGGCAACCCAGCGCUCCCGGGGAACCCUGGGAACGUCGAGGAGGUGCCUGUACCGGCGGCAAUAGCUGUGCCAGCGGCCAACACCAGCAACCCUACAGCCCCCAAAUCGAUCACAACCAUAAAGGACGACCGGAUGAUAGAGCACCAAACACGGCCUUGGCAGAAGCAAUAUGAAGUGCAACUCGAAGGAAGCGACCAGUGGGUGUGGGUGUCUGAACAUGCUAUGCCAGCAACUCCCUUGCUCUACGAGUUUGAACGGGGCCGAAAGAACUUCGAUCUACUGGCUGAGAUGGUUUUGGGAAAAGAGCUUCGGGUGGAGCCAGAACUGCGAAGAGUUGAUGCCGACGAAGAGCUUGCUACCCCGGAACUAGAAAUCGACCCAGUUCCAAGGGACCACACCUACGAAGAUGAAGAAAAGGAGUAG